UGGCUCAUCAUGUGAUGCCACGGGCCACGCUUACACAUUAUAUUGAAUAAAAAGUGCAGCAGCAUGCUCGAGUAAGGAGCAGUACGUAUGGAUUUUGCGUGAUAAAAAAAAAAAAGUCGUUGAAGCCGAUUUCAGCACCGGAGCUGUCCGUGACUGACGGAUGCUGCUGAGCUCCCUCUCUCUCUCUCUCUCUCUCUCUCUCUCUCUCUCUCUCUCUCUCUCUCUCUCUCCCUCUCUCUCUCUCCGUCCCUCUACUGUUCUCUCCCUCCUCGCUCCUCUCCUCCACGCGCACAAAACGCUCUGUCAUGGCGUCUUCCAACAAUGUUACCCCCACCAACUGUAGCUGGUGGCCCAUCUCAGCCAUGGACGAAGACGGCAAAAUCACAGACGGGGAGGAGUGCGAAGAACCGACGCCAGAACCCAGACCCUUCAAUAAAGACAGGCUCGUUUUGUACCACUGGACGCAGUCUUUCACCUCCCAAAAGGUACGUCUCGUCAUCAAUGAGAAGGGUCUGGUCUGCGAGGAGAGGGAUGUGAGUAUGCCGCUGCAGGAGCACAAGGAGCCUUGGUUCAUGAGGCUGAACCUGGGCGAGGAGGUGCCCGUCCUCCUCCACGGAGAAACCAUCAUCAGCGACUACAACCAGAUCAUAGAUUACAUGGAGAAAAAGUUUGUGGGAGACACGGUGGCUCAGCUGGUCCCCGAGGUCGAUUCGCCCCUCCACGAGCGGGUGCAGCAGUACCGCCGGCUACUGGACGAGCUGCCUAUGGACGCUUACACACACGGCUGCAUCCUCCACCCGGAGCUCACCGCCGACUCUAUGAUCCCAAAGUACGCCACCGCAGAAAUACGUAGACAUUUGGCCAAUGCUGCGACGGAGCUGAUGAAGCUGGACCACGAGGAGCCUCAGCUAACAGAACCGUACCUGUCCAAGCAGAAGAAGCUCAUGGCAAAAAUCUUGGACCACGAUAAUGUGAACUACCUGAAGAAAAUUCUGGGUGAGUUGGCUAUGGUUCUAGAUCAAGUGGAGGCUGAGCUGGAGAAGAGAAAACUAGAGCACCAAGGUCAAAAGUGCGAGCUGUGGCUCUGCGGACCUGAGUUUACACUCGCCGACGUCUGCCUCGGAGCCUUGUUGCACAGGCUCAAGUUCUUGGGACUUUCUAAGAAAUACUGGGAGGACGGCAGCCGGGCCAACCUGCAGUCCUUUUUCGUGCGUGUGCAGAAACGCUACGCGUUCCGCAAGGUCCUGGGCGACAUCCACACAACCCUCCUGUCCGCCGUCCUGCCCAACGCCUUCCGGAUGGUAAAAAAGAAGCCGCCGUCCUUCUUCGGCGCCUCUUUUCUCAUGGGCUCGCUGGGAGGCAUGGGCUACUUUGCCUACUGGUAUUUAAAAAAGAAAUACAUGUAGUUAAUGCCCUCUUGUUGUCUUAUAUGUCUGUGUAUUUGUGUGAUGUUUCGACUUUUCUGUAAUGUUUUAUGACAGCAGGAAAACUUAAUUAAUCUAUAUAGAGAACACUAUUACUUACCUGGGUGAACAAAGAAUAUUAAAACAUUCCAUAAUAAGAAAUUGUUGACAGCACAUUUUCUGGUAAUCAAGGCCUACAUCGAGUUUGAGUUGUGGCAACUUGCGGCCGACAAGUCCUAGUUUUAAUUUUGAAACUUUAGUUUGACUUACGCAUCGGGUCUAAUACUCAAAGCUUAAAAGAACCCAGACUAAAAUGUUAAACACAAUAACAGCACCAGGGGGUUAACUGACCUUCGCAUGCCACUAUUACAGCCAUUAUUCAUACCUGCUCUUCACUCCUGAGGUCCACCCACUAAAAACCACAGGAAGACGUUACAUGACGAAGAAGUUGUGUGAAGUGCUGCCAGAAGAAAUGACGAAAUGACGGAGGCAAAUUGGGGGAAAUUAGCUUUUCACUCUCUCUCGAAGAGACGUAGAUACACUAAAUAUGAGGCUGUACGGUCAGGAGAAGGUGAGCGUGGUUACAGUGAGGCCCGGGAACCGCCGGCUUUAUGGAUUCUACAAAAAAUAUUAAUCUGUGAAGAACCCAGAAGAUUGUGGACUGCUGUUAAAUACUAAAUUUAAAGCUAGACCUAGCAGCAGGACAGCUUAGCUUAGCAUUGAUACCGUAAACAAUCUUUAAAGACUCUUUUAACCCCCAUGAUGAAAAAACACUUAAAAACAUACGUGUUUUAAAAUAAGUAAAAAGUAGCCAGAAUAUUACGUAAAACACAUUUUAAAUCAUUUUAUUUUGAAAAUAUAAAACGUGAUUCAGCAUACUUUCUCUCAUCGAGAAGGGUAAAAGAGUCUUUGAUCAUUCAGGAAAUUUCUAUGGAACAGUUUAGAUAAACAACCUUCUGGGCUUCAUUGAAGAUUUUGUGGAUUACAGUGUGUUGAAGAAGGAUUUCUGAUCCGGUCCACUUCUCACAUUUUGUACAACCACUUUACUAAAAUCCACCUACAUUCGUUGAUUUUGUUUAGCAAAGGUUUGAAAAAGAAAAAUGUGUGAUAUUGACAUAAUAACAAUUCAGACCCUUUGCUAUGAUGCUUGACAUUUUGCCGAGGUUUAUCGUAUUUGAGAAGUUUCUACACUUUGUUUGGAGUCCCCACCGAGCUUGUUUUCAACAUUAUUCGUAAAGGCACAUACUUUUCUUUUCAUUGACUCCCGGAUGAAAAUGUACAAAAAAAACCCAAGUGACGAGGUUCACAGCUGUCUGCGUGGCUCAGACAGGAUCG